AUGUUGAAAUCUGGACAAAUUCAAAAAUCAUAUUCUAGUUGGCCCUCACCGGUAAUCUUAGUGAGAAAAAAAGAUGGAACUUAUAGAUUUGUUAUCGAUUAUCGUCAACUAAACAGUAUUGCCAAACGAGAUAGUUAUCCUUUACCACGAAUUGAAGAAAUAUUGAACAGAUUGAAUGAUAAGAUUUAUUUCUCGAAACUUGAUUUAAAAACCGGAUACCAUCAAAUACCGAUUCAUUCAUCCGACAAAGUGAAAACCACGCUUGUUACUUGCAAUGGUAUAUUCCAUUUUAAUCUAAUGCCACAAGGAUUAAAAAAUGCACCAUCUAGCUUCCAGCUAUAUAUUGACGACGUUACCGUAUUUUCUCAAACAUUCCAUCAACACGUUGCACAUUUGAAUGAAAUUUUUUCGGUUUUAUACAAUGCCAAUCUACAACUUAAUCCACAAAAAGAUUCUCUUUUUAAAGAUGAAAUCAAUUAUUUGGGCCACACAAUCAAUCAACAAGGAAUUCGACCACUUCAAGACAAUGUUGAAUCAAUUAUUAAAUUACCAACACCAACAACACCAAAACAAGUCCAUUCAUUCGUUCAAGCUGGCAAGUAUUAUCGCGACCAUAUCGAAAAUUUUUCAAAGAUUGCUGCACCAUUAUAUCCUUACACAAAGAAGAACGCCAUUUGGAAAGGUUGGACACCACAAAUGGAAAACGCAUACAAUGAACUCAAACGCCGACUUACAACAUCACCAGUAUUUCUCAAUUUUCCCGAUGAUAAAUCACCACUUGUAUUAUCAACGGAAGCUUCGGGUUACGGCAUGGGCGGUGUUUUACGACAAAUAACACCAGAGGGAUCAAAGACCGAAAGAGAAUGUUUAGCAUUAGUAUGGUGCAUAUUUUUAAUAAAAAGAAAUUUUAAAAUUCGAGAAUCGAGAAUCGAGCGUUGGCAAUUACAAUUGUCGGAAUACGACAUUACAAAAAUCACUUAUAAACGUGGAAAAUGUAAUUGUGAUGCCGAUUUAGUAUUACGUUUUCCAUAUGAUGAGGCUGAUAUUGGCGAUGAAGAACAUUCCAUGCGUGUUCGACAUUAUACACAACUAUCUGAUAAUCAUAUAGCUGCUUUACAAAUCAAUGUCAUUACAAGAUCAAGAGCGAAACAAAUAUCAAUGAAACUGUCCGUACCAUCUCCGUUUACAUCUUCACCAUCGAACAUCAUCACAAGAUUCAGAACGAAAAAAGUUAAUAUCUCACCUGAUUUCGAUACAACACCUGUUCCAUCUUCAUCAACAACACCUACCAUAGUCUUGCCUUCAUCGUCAUUAAUUGAUUUUAGUAUUGAUCGAAUUCGAAAUGAUCAAAUGAAUGACAUUUAUAUUCAGACAAUAAUACAAAAGAUCAAAGAUGAUCCUCGAAAAUAUUUGAACGAUGUUGUUGAUCAACAAAUUUUAUAUAAAUUAGUUACAAGAAAUGGUCACACGAAAAUUAAAUGA